AUGAAUGAUAAGAAAGGUCAAUUUCAUAGGAAACCGUAUAGUGAAAAGAGGAAACAAUCUGGUUUUGGAAAGAAGCCAAGUAGGGGAGGAACUUCUACUCCACUUAAGUGCUUCAAAUGUGGUGUUGAAGGUCAUCCCGCUAUUGAUUAUGGUAAGGAUUCUGUGACAUGUUUCAAGUGUGGAAAGAUUGGUCAUAAGGCAAACAAGUGCAUAUUUGGUUCGAGUGUAGCUUGUUACAACUGUGGGGAGCAAGGUUACGUUAGUACCGAGUGUGACAAACCGAAGAAGGAACAAGCAAAGGGAAAAGUGUUUGCAUUGUCUGGUGCUGAGGCUACUACUAAUGAUAGGCUAAUCCAAGAAAAAGUUGAAUAUGAGGCAACGAAGAUGGCUGGAAUUCUUAAAGGAUUAUGA